AUGUUGAGCAACGCGAUCCGAAGACGGGCCUUGCCCUCCGUGGUGGCGGGCUCACGGUCAAUGCCUCCCGCCGCACGUACAACAGCCGCUUCCGGCGCCAGAUUUCUCAGCGACAAGCCCGGCCUCGAAUCCACAGACAUCAGGGACAUUGCAGACGCCAAGAAGACAAACCCACCCCAGCCAAAGAUUUCCAAUGCCAGCGUCAAUGGAGAGAAGCUUACAGAAGAGCAACAACGAGAGGUGGAUGAGCACAACCGGGACUUUGAGAGGAAGCAUGACACAGCACCAAGUGCCGAGGAUGACAAAGUUGACAAGAAAUUCUGGUCAAACAGAGAUGGCGGCAAAUGA